UAAACACGCCACCGACUGGCUCCGAGAGGCCGUGAGGAGCUGGUUUUCUCCGAAUCGCCGCCCUGCCCUUGAAUUUGAGAUCAUGUCCAUUCACAUCGUGGCGCUGGGGAACGAAGGCGACGCUUUCCACCAGGACAAUCGGCCGUCGGGGCUCAUCCGCACUUACCUGGGGAGAAGCCCUCUGGUCUCAGGGGACGAAAGCAGCUUGUUGCUGAACGCGACCAGCACGGUCGCGCGUCCAGUGUUCACGGAGUAUCAGGCCAGUGCGUUUGGGAACGUCAAGCUCGUGGUUCACGACUGUCCCGUGUGGGACAUUUUUGACAGUGAUUGGUACACUUCUCGAAACCUAAUUGGGAGUGCUGACAUCAUUGUGAUCAAAUACAACGUUAAUGACAAGUUUUCAUUCCAUGAAGUAAAGGACAAUUAUAUUCCAGUGAUAAAAAGAGCAUUAAAUUCAGUUCCAGUAAUCAUUGCUGCUGUUGGUACCAGACAAAAUGAAGAAUUGCCUUGCACCUGCCCACUGUGCACUUCAGACAGAGGGAGUUGUGUCAGUACAACAGAAGGGAUCCACCUUGCUAAAGAGCUGGGAGCUACCUAUCUUGAACUACAUAGCCUUGAUGACUUCUACAUAGGGAAGUAUUUUGGAGGAGUGUUGGAAUAUUUCAUGAUUCAAGCCUUAAAUCAGAAGACAAGUGAAAAAAUGAAGAAAAGAAAAAUGAACAGCUCAUUUCAUGGAAUUAGACCACCCCAGCUUGAACAACCAGAAAAAAUGCCUGUUUUAAAGGCUGAAGCAUCGCAUUAUAACUCUGACUUAAAUAACUUACUGUUCUGCUGCCAAUGUGUGGACGUGGUGUUUUAUCACCCAGAUUUAAAGGAGGUCAUAGAGGCCCACAAGAUUGUUCUCUGUGCAGUAAGCCAUGUUUUCAUGCUGCUUUUCAAUGUGAAGAGUCCCACCGAAAUUCAAGAUUCCAGUAUCAUCCGAACUACCCAGGAUCUCUUUGCUAUAAACAGAGAUACUGCUUUUCCAGGUGCUAGCCAGGAAUCUUCUGGCAACCCACCAUUGCGAGUCAUUGUUAAAGACGCCCUCUUCUGUUCUUGUUUAUCAGACAUUCUGCGCUUCAUUUAUUCAGGUGCUUUUCAGUGGGAAGAAUUGGAAGAAGAUAUCAGGAAGAAGUUGAAAGAUUCUGGGGAUGUUUCUAAUGUAAUUGAGAAAGUUAAAUGCAUUUUAAAAACACCGGGAAAGAUUAAUUGUCUAAGGAAUUGCAAAACCUACCAAGCCAGAAAACCUCUGUGGUUUUAUAACACUUCCCUCAAGUUUUUCCUUAAUAAACCGAUGCUUGCUGAUGUUGUCUUUGAAAUACAAGGUACAACAGUGCCAGCCCAUAGGGCCAUCCUGGUGGCCCGUUGUGAAGUGAUGGCGGCCAUGUUUAAUGGUAAUUACAUGGAAGCAAAGAGUGUCCUGAUUCCAGUUUAUGGUGUUUCCAAAGAGACUUUCUUGUCAUUUUUAGAAUACCUAUAUACCGACUCCUGUUGCCCAGCUGGCAUUUUCCAGGCCAUGUGUCUCCUGAUCUGUGCUGAGAUGUACCAAGUCUCCAGACUGCAGCACAUCUGUGAGCUGUUCAUCAUCACACAGCUACAGAGCAUGCCAAGCAGGGAACUAGCCUCCAUGAAUCUCGAUAUAGUCGAUCUGCUCAAAAAGGCUAAGUUCCACCACUCUGAUUGCCUUUCAACCUGGCUGCUUCAUUUCAUUGCGACUAACUACCUCAUCUUCAGUCAAAAGCCUGAAUUUCAGGAUCUUUCAGUGGAAGAACGCAGUUUUGUUGAAAAGCACAGAUGGCCAUCAAAUAUGUACUUGAAGCAGCUUGCAGAAUACAGGAAGUAUAUUCACUCCCGGAAAUGCCGUUGCUUAGUAAUGUAACCUGGAGCUUUUAUAUAAGUACACUUUUUUAUUAUUAUGGAGAAUGGGUUGCAGUGAAACUCGUAUGACUGAAACCAAUGUGGGCGUUACAACAAAGAUUAUCAUACAGUUUAAUGUGUUUAUUAGUUCUCCAUGAAAAAAAAAAUAUUGUGAUUUUAAAAGGGAGCAAACUAUACUACCGACUAAAACAGGCUUCACCCUAAAACAUAAAGCUGUUGUACAGCUGUGUUUCCCCUUUAAGAUGUCCUGUUGCUUUAGUGAUAUUAAGACCCCUCCCCGAUAAGAAAUGUUUAAAUUUUAAAAAAUCAUUUAGGAUUAAUAUAGAAAUUUCAUCAUGUCUGAUUAAUUAUUAAAAUACAGGGUUUUCAAAGACCCAGUGUAGCUCUUUCUCCAUGAGAAAUAUAGGCGGAAGACGAAACAGUCCAAGUUGAGAUAUUUGGAAAGUGAUGGGCCACUUGGUUCCAAAGCAGUGACAGUGUUUGAAUCAACAUCAUGAAAAAAAUUCUUUCAUCUGGACAAUCCACCUGAAUCACCUAGUGUCCUCCCUGGGAUUUUGAUUAUGCAGGAAACUGAACCAGGGUCAGCUUUGUCUGUGUGUGACCUUCAGUCACAAGGGUUUCCCACUUAGAAGGGCAUGGCAUUUUUUCAGUGUUGUGCUGUUGCAGUCACAAAAUUCUUAAUAAUGAUUGAAGAAGGGCCCUGUGUUUUCACCUGACACAGUGUCCCCUAAAUUAUGGAUCUUUCCUGACAGAAAAAAAAAAUACGAAGUUUUCUGAUUCAAACAUCAUUCUCUCUGAAAGAAAAGAGACUCUGAUAUCAAGGGAAGAGAACAUAUAUGGAUUCUCACCUUUGGGGAGGUCCUUACCACCCAGGGCCUCUGUUGCCACUUCCGCUGGCAAAUGAGUGUUGUUUUGUCUUUGUUUUAAAACACUCACAUUUAGGCUAUAUCACAGAAGAAGAGUUACUUUGAUGAUUCUGUAACAUCAGGAUGUUGAUGAGAGUGACCUACUUGCCUGACUUUAAUAUACAUUCUACGAUAUGCUCACAGGAAAAGGUACUUUCUAGAGAAUUUGCUAUGAAG